UUAGCCGAAAAAGAAAAUGAAUAAAUAAUAAAUUCUAAAAAAUGAAGAUCUAAUUUCAACCGGAAUUGUGGGCUCCGACGACCGAGGCUAGAGGGAAAAACAACAGAUUACGAGUCAGAGAGAAGGAAUCCGAGGGGAAACGAUUCGUCAAUCGCUCAAACUCAACUACUCUUUGUUUCAUGUCUCUUCUCUGAAUCCAUUUUCAUUUUAUUUCUCCUUCUUCAAAUACAAGAAUCAUCCCCUUCCCUCAUUCAACCAAUCUGAAUCUGUUCUCGAAGUUUCACUGAAAAGCUAGUUUACAGCGCUGAAAUUGAAAUUCGACAUCCAUUUCAAUUGCUGCUAGUUCUUUCUUCUGCGCUGGAGGUGGGAUUUUGUUCAUUUUUUCUUUCCAGAAAUGGUUUCGUUUUCUUAAGACAGGCCAAAGGGUUUUUGGAAUUUAGGGAAAAACACGGAUAUGGAAUACAAGAGGCGGCAGCAAGGGGCGACAAGAGCUUCAAAUUUUGAAGAAGUAGCUCGGAAUUCUCGGCGUCCUACUCGUUUUGUUUCUAAUGAAGAUGAUGAUGUAUAUGAUCUUAGUAGCGACAGUGGCAAUGAUGCUGUUGGUAGUUCGCGGUCAUCAUCUUCCCCACAAUCUCUUGCUGCUAAAGCCAUAAAAGCCUCGUCGGCUCAUAGGGAUUCUUCACUCUCAUCCGCUUACGCUGCACGCUCUGCUUCCCGGGUCUCGAAACCCGCUUUUUCUUCAUCUUUUCCUUCCCCCUCAUCUGUUCAGGAUUCAAAGGCAUAUGAAUAUACAUCAAUGAAAAGUUUGAAUGAAUCUAAACAUGGAUUCUGGGGUGCUUUGGCCAGAAAGGCCAAAGCAAUUCUUGAUGAUGAUAAUGGCGUCCAACAACCUGAAGUACCUGGAAGAAUGAGGGAGCAAGGAUUUGGUACAGGUACCCCUGCAGGUACAGGUGCUGGUGCAGGUGCAGGUUCAGCUACAAGGGCCAAGUAUCAUAACAGAACUCAAUCAGAUGAAAGCCAACCAAAAACAGAAAAUUCUUCUUUCCAGAAGGGACUGGGCGCCAUAGCAUCUUCCCUUAACUAUAUUGGCAAUGCUUUUGAGGAAAAGCUUACGGCUGUUGAAAAUAAAACGGCUGAUAUCAUUCAAGAAACUCGCAAGCAUAUUAAGAAAAAGUCUGGUGGUUCAGUGGCACAAUAUCAGACACCAAAUUCUGGGUCUAACAUGGAAUCUCAGACGCAGCCUCCAACACAAACCCAAAUGCAAACUGGCCUUGAACUUCAGCUGAAGGCAUCUCGCGACGUUGCAAUGGCAAUGGCUGCCAAAGCAAAGCUGCUUCUUAGGGAGUUGAAGACUGUCAAAGCAGAUUUUGCUUUUGCGAAGGAACGAUGUGCUCAGCUGGAAGAAGAAAAUAAAAUUCUUCGGGAGAAUCGUGAGAGGGGAAACAACCUAGAAGAUGAUGAUUUGAUACGACUUCAACUUGAAACCCUUCUAGCAGAAAAGGCUCGUUUGGCGCAUGAAAAUUCAGUCUAUGCACGCGAGAAUCGGUUUCUAAGGGAGAUUGUUGAAUACCACCAGCUAACCAUGCAAGAUGUUAUAUACCUUGAUGAGGGCACAGAAGAAGUCACUGAAGUGUACCCCAUUAAGCAUGCUGCAGCAGCAUCGAAUCUCAAUGCUAUUUCUUCGUUACCACCUCAGCCAUUGUCGUCAUCGUCUUCAAACCGACCCGGGGUAGGACUUGACAUGAGUUCACAAAUGACUCAGAUUGUUCCUACUUGCCCUCUGCCCCCAUCAGAUCUGAGGUGAAUCUCCUAAAGCCUUUUUUUUUUUUUUUGGUUACAUUUUUGAAUUUUGAGUGUGGCGGGUGAUUACAUGAUGAAAGCCAUCCAACCCUAUACUCUGAUUUAAAUGAUAAGAUACAUUGUACCUUUGUAGUUUUAUCUUUUCUAUUGCUUGUGCUGUUGUAAUGUAACAAUGUCAUCUCAUUAUAUUCAUGUGGAAGUGUUUGUUAUGCAUUGUACAUCUUUCUAAA